AUGCAAUAUAUGGGGUUCCGAGCUAGGGGAGAGAUCAGCAUCGAUAGGACAUGGAGAUGUGGGCUCAGAAGGGAGUGGAAUAGAGGGUCCGAAGGAGAUAGCUUAGAUGCCGCCACUGGGGGUUCACUUGCUUACCUUGUCGGGUCACCUGGAGAG